AUGGUGUCGCAUCAGGGUAGUAGCGAUGGUCUCGGAGAGAGUGAGAGGGAUAACUCCACCUCGCCGACGCCGGCGGAGGGUGAGGGUGAGGGUGGAGAACAUGGGUCAGAAGAUGCGCAGGAAGAGGAGGGGGGGUAUGGUGAGGGGCAUGAGGAGGGACAGCAGGUAGGGGAACAGCGCCAAGUCGAUGAUGAUGGAUCACGAGAUGAUGCAGAGGAGCAACAUGAGCAAGGCGAAGAGGAAGAGGAAGGGGAAGUACAGGCACAGGCGCAAGAAAGGGAACAAGAACAAGCAAAGGAACAAGCAACGGAACAAGGGGAGCAUCAGCAACCAGCGAAGGAGGCCCCCCAAGACGAAGAAGAUCCAGAGCAAGAUCAAGAUCAAGAUCGAGAACAGGAGGAAGACGACAAUGAAGAAGAUGAGGACAUCGAGGAGUCGUACCAAACACCAGCGGAAGAGGUAUCAUCAUCAUUGACAUCAGACAAAAAGGAACAACAAACAGGCGACAAUGAACCACAGCAACAAAAGGAGGGAGAAAGUCAAGAAGAUGCAGAUGCAGGGGAAGAUGAAGAAGGUGAGGAUGAAGAAGGUGAGGAUGAAGAGCUAUAUCUAGAUGCCGCGGAGGAGGGGCAGGUCCAACAAGGGGAUAAGGAAGGGGAUGACGAAGGGGAGCACGGGCAGCAACAACAAAAGAAACCAGCAUCAGGAGGGUCAUCCGCUGUUCCAUAG